GCUGCCAGCAAACCGGACCAGACGUCACAUUCCUGCAUUCCCUUUUACCCCUCCGGAUUUUCUACGUUGUCGUUAACCCCAUUGCUAACCGGCUCCCGCUUUUUAUAAAUUUAUUUUCUUUUAAACAAACACACUCAUGAACGCAUAAAUCGUGCCGCGUCAUGAGUGUGUUUGAACAAGGUGGUGAACCCGGGUUUUAGAGACACCUCAAUUCGGGAUGUGAUGUGGAAUGCUAAAGCUCGUGGCUAAGUGAUGUUGUGGCGGACCUCAGGAUCAGGCUUCCCAGGCCUGCAAUUAAAAAUGAAGAAUAAAUGGCGACGAGAAGGAAUGAGGGGGACAAAGUCAACCCAGCAAUUUUGAACAAUAUCUAAAACUCGGUGACAUCAGAGGCGUCACACCGGUGUGAUGAAACCUGUGUGCAAGGGAAUACCAGAAAGGUUUGACAAAAAGUCACUUUCCUCUCCUCACUGCCCACCUGCCGCCGUCUCGGUUGUCAUGGAGAGCUCAUCGGUGGCGUCGGCGUCAUCCGAGGCCGGCAGCACACGCUCGCAGGAGAUCGAGGAGCUGGAGCGCUUCAUUGACAGCUACGUGCUGGAGUACCAGGUGCAAGGGCUGCUAGGGGACAAGGGUGACGGAGACUUGGAUCUGGACGAUGGCGGCAAGGUGCCACAGUGGACAGACAACUGCAAUGACUACAAAGAUGACAGCUGGACAUCAUCACAGGGGAGAAAUUCCUCCAAACCAGAUGAAUGGGAGCACAGCAGUAACGGCAGCUCAAGUUCCAGGCCCAGUUCCGGGUCUAGACCGGGUUCCGGCUCUCGGUCUGGCAGCAGGGGUCGAAACAAUCAGUUCAAAGGGUCCACCAAGAAUGGAAACAAAGAUGUGGCCUUUGACAUCCUGGGCACAGACAUAUGGGCGGCUAACACAAUGGACUCGCGUGGGGGUACAGGUUGGGAUGUGCAGCCGGAGAAGCUCGACUUCAGUCAUUUCCACAGGAAACACACAAGGGCUAUGCCAAAGCACCUGCCGCACAUCGACCGCGAAGGAAUGAGCAAGAAUAAGUUUGAGGAAGACGAUGGCUUAGACUUAACUGACAUAGAGAAGUUCCUGCCCCAUCUUUGCUCUGUCUUCCCACCCCUUCCUAAUGAGGCUGAGAUUGCGCACACCAAAAAGCUCUUCCGACGCAAGAGGAACGACCGACGGAGACAACAACGAGCUCAGGGAGGAAGUAAGAACCAGUCUCCAUCACCGCAACACCACUGGGAUCAGCAGUCACCCAGCCCAACAGAAGCAGGAGACAACAGAAACAACGGCAGAUCGCCUCGCCAGUAUCAAGGCGGACAUGGGCAACGUCAGGGCGGAACCCCGCACGGGUACAACCAGAACCGACGCUGGCAUCCAAAUCAGAAAGGUCCGGGACAACAGAACCCCGCUGGUACCGACAGAGGACUGCCUCUGAGAGGAACCAAAGAGACAGAGAAUGUAAAAGUCACAAGCGACAAGCACACACGACAGAUGGAGGUGCCUCGGGACUGCGAGAGCCCCGCCGACUUUCCCAAGGCUGAGUCAGCGCUGGACACCAACGCCUUGUCAGACGUGACAGCUGGCAAAGAAAGCCCCGGCUGGCCUGGCCGGGGCCAGUCCAGGGAGCCCCCAAUCAGCUUGCUGCAGUCAUCCAAGGAGAGGCUGCAGAGGAGACUAAAGGACAAGGAGGAGGCGCUGGCGGAGGUGUUGGGCACACCCAGCAUGGACCGCCUGCUGAGACUGCUCAACAGCAUGAGGAGCAACAGCAGCGGCGUGGAAGAGCAGCUGGCCUCCUUCAUGGUGGAGGCGCAGAGUUCAGCGCGCUCCGAAGAAUCCCUGACUCAAGUCGUCGGCACCAUCUACGACAAAGGCGUUUCGGACCGGAGUUUUGCCGCCACCGCCGCCAAGCUGUGUGACAAAAUGGCGCUCUUUAUGGUGGACGGGACCAAGUUCAGGUCCCUGCUUCUCAACUUGUUGCAGAAGGACUUUGUUCGCCGUGAAGAGCUGCAGCGGUCGGACGUGGAGGUGUGGUUGGGGUUCAUCACUUUCCUCUGCGAGGUGUUUGGGACAAUGAGGAGCAGCUCUUGGGAGCCUUUUAGAGUCUUGGUGUGUCCCAUCUACACUUGCCUGCGAGAGCUGCUGCAGUCCAAAGACGUCAAGGAGGACGCCGUGCUGUGCUUCUCCAUGGAGCUGCAGAGCGUCGGGCGCCUCUUGGAGGAGCAGCUGCCCGAGAUGAUGACGGAGCUGCUCGCAGCCGUGCGCGACAAGAUGCUAAGUCCGGCCGAGUCGCCCCUAAGCCGCUCGCUCCUAAUGGAGGUAGUGGAGCUCCACGCCCACCGCUGGAGUCCCCUGGAAGCUCUCACCACUCAGUACUAUAACCGAACCAUCCAUAAGCUUACAACCUAGACGUCAUGUUUCUUUCUGGACUCUUGGUAAAGGUGUCUGGGCCACUAGGGGCAGCGUAGGACAGCAGCUUGUCCGUUGGGAGUCAAAAUGUUAAUAGGGGUUGGGGGGGGGCGCGCUUGGCUCUUCAUUGUCAUCCGCCCCCUCCUCCCAUUCCAUCCUCCAGCCCUCGUGGCUGAUAAAAGACAGAAAAUGGAGGCAGGGAGCAGACAUGGCGCUGUCUGUCUGCGCCGUCUGCGCUCCCCUCCGCAGGGACCCCCGGGUCAGGAGGUCUCGCGGCGGGACUCCAGCACGCCUACAGCAACCCCCAUAACUCCCCCCCCACACACCCUUUGUCUCCCUCCCUUAGCAGGAAGCCUUUUUUGUAGGGAUGAGACAGCGGGCCUGCUGGGCCAGGCUGGGCUCGGGAUAAGGAUCAGGCUGGCUAGAGUAGGGUGGCAGAUGGCGGCUUGAGCCCUUGUGACACACACAUACAAAAACACACAAUCAACACUUAGACACACGUGCACGGCAGCCCGCCACCACGCUCCCCGAUGGAAAAGAGGAAACGAGGGGGGUCGUCAGCAUUAGAGGAGCAUUAUAAAAAAACACAUAAUGCCGUUAAACCUUUUGUUUUUGUCUCGCAAGCCGUGCACAUCCACAUUCAUAAUAACCGUUUUUUUUUACAUGUAUUUAUUCUAAGCAUUUGAUUUGAAUGUCUUAUUUAAAAAAAAAAUGUGUUAGUGACACACUGAAAAGUAAUAAUUGCUAACUUUAUGAGAAAAAAAGUUGUGAUAAUAUAAGAAUGAAUUUUGGAAUGGUGCGUAAUUACAAGUUGCAUUUGAGUUAAGAAUAUCGCAAAGUAGUUAUUGUAGGAGACGGAAGUUGUAAAAAAAGAAUCAAUUUGAAAAACUACACAUUAAAUGCUUCAAAAAAAAUUAUAAUAGCAAAUUGAGGUUGUAAUAGGAAAGACAUGUUGUAAAGGCACAACAUAAACUUGCAGGCAAAUUUAUUGUCUAAUGAUAUGCAAAUGUAGGAAAGUGAGAAAAAUUGAUGCAAAUAAUUGUGUAAAAAGUCAAGUGUUUUCAAAAUGAAAGUGUAAUGUUCCAAGGAAUAUUUCAUUGUGACAUUAUGAAUAUUGUAAUGUUUAUUUUGAUCUUUUUUAUUUUUUAUUUUUUUAUUCAACAAAAUACUCAUAACGAAGUUCUCUAUCAAAUUGUCUCACGACUACAGCCGUGAUGUCACGCAAAUUUGUAAUAUAAAAUAAAAGCAGACUUAAAAUGAAUGAAUCUCAAAAUUCACACAAGUUUAAACGUAAGAACUCUGCAUCCACUACUCUGGUAUCAUUUUUUUUACCCCCUUUUCAGUGUGGCACUAACACUCCUUAGCGUACAAUUUUGUUUUUCAAAAUGUACGUACGCAUGUAUGAGAUCUAGCAGAGGACCUCGUUGCACAUUUGAGUUUGAGUUGUUAGCACUGUUCUGAGGCGGUUUGCUUUAAACAAAACAAACGGAUGGAUAGGAAUCAUCCUUGCAGUGAGAGGAAAUUUUUGUUGAGCUCAAAAGAAAAUGUUUGUAUAGGGAAAAAGAAAAUAGGAAAAAAUGGGGGGGAUGGCAAAUGAAGUGCAGCUGACAUCCAUCCUUUGCUGUGAAUUUGGUGUGUUCAACAUUGACACUAUUUGACGGUUUUUAUUUUUUUUGAGGAGUGCUGACAUUAACCUGUGUAUUUUGAAGAAUAGCCCAAAAAUCUCAACACAUUUAUGUACGUAUAUCUGUGAAGCUAAUGUACACUAUGAUCCGUUAUGUAGCAUUUGUGAAUGGGCUCUCUGUGAUCUUGCGUUGAAUAUAUUUGCAAGUAUUUAAAAGGAAAACAAUUGAAGUUAGAAAAAGAAAUGUUACGGAAAGCACCCAAAACAUUUCUACCGGGAAGCGUUUUCUUUUGUGAAUACACACAAUUCAGGGGUUGCAUCCUCGGAAGGACCCAUUGCUCUUUGACCAGCCGUCGUAGAUGUUACGGUCGUGGCCACCAACAUUUUACGUCAUGAUGCAAGGUGGCUACACGUUAGCAUUACGAGUACCACAUAUUUUCAACUGACGUUUUAAGGUUGGGAGAAGAAUUAAUACAUUGAGCGUCAAAACCUGUGCCGCUCUAUUUAGUUUUUACGACAAAGGGGUGACCACAAUUAGUUAUAACAAAUAUUAGUUAUAACAAAAAGGUUGUAAUGCUACAUGUUUGUGACAAAGUUAUAGGGAUAAAAAAUAGUUUUUGUAAUGACAAGCAUGAAGUCUUUUUUUUCCCCAGAGUCGUAAAGAAUUAAAUUGUAAAUAUUUGAGGGAAGAAAAAAAAAAUCGCAACGCUAGGAAAUUGUCUACCUAUUGCACGAACCUUCCCGAAAAUAAAAUUGUAACAUUAAGGGAAACAAAAGAGGUUGUAAUAAAAUUAGAGAAGUCACUAAGCUGCAAAACAGUUGUAAUAUAACAAUAAAGUUACAGGUAAAAAAAUGACAAUUUUACAACAAGAUAUUAAGCAAUCAUAAUGAAUAAGUUGUAAUAUUACAGAAAGUAAUUGCUGUGACUGAGUAGUCAUGAUGUUCCAGGAAAAUGUUGGAUGUUGCAAGAAAAAAAAAUGAAAGCUACCAAAUAGUGGUAAGAUCAAUGUAUGUUACAGGAGAAAUAAUUAAGAUUACAAGAAUAAACUUGUAAAAUUGCUUCAAAUUUGGACGGCCUUUGCGAUUCGUUGGGUCACUGUCCUUCCGAAUGAUGUGAGCCCGGACACAGUAACACAAAGGAGUGCAAUGGUACAAAGACGUCUCAGUUCCACGCCAGUUUAGGCCAACAAAUGACCUUUUUUUUACGUUAUUUUUAGUGCCUUAUCAUAAAUUGAAGAGCGACGUGUAGCCCAAAAGCCAAAUGAAUCCAGCCUUAUAGCUAGCUAGAUUUAGCCAAUAGCUUAGCAUGUGACGUCAAGUACCCUUGCACCCCGAAUGCACAUGCUUGUGCUUACGCAUUGCGUGUUUUGUCUUUUUGUAUUAUUAUUUGCUCUGUCUUGCAUCAAGAAUUCCGAUUACGUGUAAUAGAAACGCCAUCGCUUGGAUGAUGAUGUCAUGAUGACGGUUACUCGUUUUCCCGUCUUGUUUUUAUUUCUAGCUUUCUAUUUAAGUUAAGCUCAUUUAUAUAUGCGGAUGGAAAAAAGACUUGUGAAACUGUUGUAAUACCUAGCUUGCAGGGGAGGGUGUAAGUAAUGCGAUUACUGUGGUUUAGUUACCAACGCAAGUUUUUGUUAUGCAAAAAAAGUGCGAGGUGAGGAGUCUGUGCCGUGGACCCCACUCGACCCCUCCCUCCUCCCAACAUGGUUUGCAUAUUGUCAUGAAUAUUAAAACUUAAAUGCUUGGGGGCCCA